UAUAUAACCGUGGUUGCUUGGUUUGGGCGGAACAGUGACUUUGUUAUUGACGUAGAUAUUAUUUGAGUUUGUGUAUAUUCUCGCCUUACUAUGAAAUAGAUCUUCGGUAGCGGUGUAAAAAUGUAGUGAAAAAUGUGAAUUAUAUUAUCUUACAUUAUGUCUGAACAAGAAAAGAGACCUCCGGCAAGUUCGGAAGUUACAGUGACACUUUGCGAAAGUGAAGAGGAGCGUGCUCAGCAGGAUGUUCCGACGGUGAGGCUCCGGCUCCGUAAACCCAAGCCCAAGAAGAAGGUUCAAUGGGGCGAGGGAACAGUCGACAAUGAACACAUGAACAAGAAGAAAUCAAAAUGCUGCUGCAUAUACACGAAGCAGCGAGUGUUCGGGGAGAGCUCGUCAGACACGGACGACGAGUGCGAGAACUGCCACGGCCACGUGGAGCGCCGGAGGAAGGACCCGCCCGAGCCCCAGGGGCCCCCGCAGGACGGGGCGGAGCCCGACAAAAGCCAGGAGAACUGACAUCACCUGCUUGUUUAUUGCUCUCCUUCAAUGUUGUGAAGUUAGACUAGUGUUAAAAAAAAUAUUUGUGAAUAACUUUGACUCAUUUUAAUACUAAUACUGUAAGAUUAUUUGCAUGACACAAAUUUUUUUGUUGGAAACGGUGACCAUAGAUACUGGUAGGUGUUCCCCUAGGUGCCAGAGCUGUGAAUAAUUGAUGUAAAGUAAAUGUUAUCUUCAUAAAUAACUAUGUAUAUAUUUGUUCCUAAAAAUCAGUUGCCAAGUCUGUAGCACCUCAUCUGUUUUAAGUCUAGUGAUGAUUGCAAAUGAACAUGACAAAACUGAUGGUGUAAAGAAAGCAUGAAGAAUGUGGGAGAUCAAGGUGAUGGUAAAUAAAUGUGCUCGAGACAGGUUUGCACAGUGCAAAGUACCAAUUAAAAUUACUAGACAAGUUGUAUUUUGUAGAUCACGUUAAAUUUUGGAGGUAGCAAGUGUUCAGAUUUUUUGGCCUGAAACUUUUACAACAUAUAUGUAUAAACUUUUACAUAGAUGCAUUGACAAGAGAGCAGUUUUCAAAAUGUUUGUGUUCACAUUUAGUCGGUUUGUCUUGAAUUUGAGGUGAACUUGGAUUUUGCUGGUGUGAUUUCGGAAUUUUCUGGCAGGAAAACCAGAAAUCUGGAUGACUGUCAGUAAUCGAGGAAUCAAACUUGAAUUCCUUAAAAUGCAAGAGCCACUUUGCUUGGUCCCUUGUGAAAUUUCCUCUGUCAAGAAACAACAUAUUGAGUUUCAUUUUUAUUGUACAGUUUGAAGUAAUGUUAACAUUAAUGAAAUAGCUUACAGUUUUCACAAUGCAUCACUAGAUGGUAAGAGCAUCAGAAGGUACAUUAAUUUCUCUUUUACAAAAUGUUGACUAAUAAUUUUGUUUGCUUAAAUUAUAUAUUACAAUUUGAAAGUUGGAAUUAUAAUUGAUCAUACACUCAGAUUAUAAAAUCUUGAUGCCCAUUUUUUUUUAGAUUGUCUUGAUCUCUAUACCGACAGUAAAUUGAGGAAUAUUGUCAGUUGUACAGAAUCAUUGCUACAUAUGUAUCUACUUUAAUGAAACUGUAAAUUAUUGUACAUAAGUACAAAAUUAUUGUGAUAACAUAUUUAUUUUAUCUUUGACUGCAGGUUUUAAUAAUAUGUAGAGCAAUAUUGUAUUAUAUAUAUGUAUAAACUAAACACCUUUUUAACAAAUGUUUUACUCUUUUUUUAUGCAUGAAUUAUAUGUCAGUUGCAUACAAGUAAAAAAAAAAACUUAAGUUGUGCAAGUGCGAAUAAGUUCUUACUGCUGUGUUAAAAUUGUGGUAUUGUAUGGGUGUGGGAUGGUUUGAUGAGUGUUGAGACACACCAACAGGCUUUUCCUGUUGUCAAAGUACCGUGUCUUAUUGCAUAAUCGUCACACCAUUAUUUUAGGGCAUCAAAAUUAGAAGAAAAAAAUUUCUCACAUAAACGUCACAUGAGGUUUUUGGUUUCACUGUUAGAUUCCGGACACUUUGUGUAGGUAGUUUUCCCAUAUAGAACAAUGUAUUUUAAAGUUUAAAUCUAAUAUUGAUUUGGAUAUUUCCACUUACUAAUUUAAUAAACAGAAAUAUGAAAUUUGUGAUGUGUAAAUGUUCUUUAAAAGACUUUUCAAAGGUUAUAAAUUUUAUCUGUUCGUCUUUAUCGCUUUUGUGUACCACAAGCACUUAUAAAAAUGUAACCAGCGCUAGUUGGCAUUAUUGAUGUUUGGUUAUGUUGAUUCCCAUGUAGAACGUAGUAGAAUACAAUCGAUAUAGAUAGCUCGCAGAUUGCAUGCAACGCGCACGCUCUGUCUAGUGCUGAGUUAACUACAUUUGAUAGCCUGCACUGUUCUGUGGUGUGUACUAUGAUGAAAGUUAUGCAUUAGUUCUGGAUCACGUUUAAGUUUUUGGUUUUAUCUGUUUUAAGUUGAAUUACAUAUGUUUUUGUUGAAUGAAUUAUUAAUUUAAAUUGUUUGGCUUGCUUUUGUAUUCUCUACUUUUUAAAUAAAUGUACUUUCCAUAAAUAGGUUUUGUUUUUACAAAUAACUUUUAUCUAACAAAAAUUGUUUUUUCACAUAAAAAUUCCACCCCUACUUUUUGAACUUGAUUUUAGUAUAAAAUGUGUGAUGAUUAUGCGGUAAAACACGGUACAUCAAAAUCUUUUCUUUAGUAAUGUACUGCUUACAUAUAUAGCCACGUGUCAAAAUUGGAAUCUAACUCAACAUCGACAUGUUAUAUAAAUUUACCCAACACUAUAAAUAUUUUUAUUUGAAAAAUUCUUGUAUAGAAAGUUGGAGUGUGUUAAAAUCGAAAUGAGCAGCACACUUACCUCCCUUGUUGACUGCUAUUUAAGUUGUAGAACUACUCUUAGUAUUAUAGUUGAUAAUCUUGAUUAGUUAAGUAAUUAAUACUGUUUUACUGUAUAGUUAUAAAUAAUGUAAAUAUGUCAAUACCUGUCGUUUGUUCCUGUAAAAUAAUGUGCAUACUUGAGUGGGUACAUAAUAAAUUGAGCACUGUAA